GUAAAUAAAAGGCAAAAGUUUUAUAAAUUUCUUAGAUUUUUCUACGUAAACGUUUUAAAUCUAUAUUUAGAUACGGAAAGACUAGUUCCUUACUUCCUCACCUAUUACAAAUGCAAAUCACCAACUCUCUCUGUUACGAUUACACGCUUACAGCGUUCAACAGAUUUUGUGAAGUGUUGGAACCAAAUCUUUAAUAUAAACAGAUUUCUUCCCUAUUAAAGUAUCUUUAUUCUGUAAUGCCUUGCAAAGCAAAAAAACAAUAUUUUUUUGCUUAUCAAAAAUUAUAUUUAAACAUUUAAAUAACUAAAAACAACCGAUGAAAUCUGCUGUGUAUACUUAUCGUUAAAAUCAUGGAACAAAGAGAUCCCAAGAACCAAGAAUAUAGUGUAGAUAGCCAAGCUAUCGAUAUCUACCUAUUCUCUAAUGGGCAAGAAUACUGUCCUCCAAGGAAGUAUCAUUUAAGCUAUGAAGAUCUGUCCAGUUGGGAUGCUACGCUGAAACAUUUGGCCCGACUUCAAUAUGGUGCUAUGCAUUCCAACAUGGAGAUGUAUACGUUGGAUGGUGAGAAGGUAACGAGCCCUGCAGAUGUGUGCCACGGGGCGGCGUACGUGGCGGUCGUCGCUCCGGACCAGUUCAUGGACACUGGAUAUCGGAAAUAUUUGAUGAAAGCCACCAGAUCAUGGGAGAAACGACAAGAAAGAAGACAGGAAAUACUUAGUACUAGACCUGAUAGUUUUCUGUUUGUUUGUCCUGUAGAUAUCGGUGAAAAUGGCAUUAAUAUAACGCAAGAGCCGUGUAAUGAUCCGCAGUUUUUGAAAAAUGAUUACAAUUCAACGCGUUUGAAUAAAAGCGUUACUAAUCCAUCUACUUCGGAUAAGAAAAAAGGUAAUAUAUCAAGGCUCCAACGUACCCCAGGGACGAAAUCACGACUUAGCACAUCACCUUCGAAAGCUAGAAGCGCAAUAAACAAAGAAACAUCUUUGAACUGCAGGCUAAAAGUUCAAAAAUCUCCAAAAUCAAGUUAUGAUGAAAAACUAAACAAAAUACCACGCAAGCUUGGCAGCGCAAGCUUUAAUCCAAAAACCGUAAGACAAGACAUGCAGAUCGAUAAUAAUAAUAAAUCUGUAAAGAUGGAUUAUAAGAAAGUAGUUGAAUUGAAAAACAAUAAUGAUGUGAGAUUACCUAAAAAUGUAGUAGGCACACAUAAAAGACAAUCAGAACUAGAAUCACAGGCACCACUACUUGUGAAUGAAAUUUUAUAUAGUAAUGAAUUCGCUUCAAUUGAUGACGCUCUUAACCCCAGUAAAGAUGCAACCCUUUCUACAUCCAAUCGCGAUACAAUUUAUCAAAACGAUAUCCAGACUACUUUUCCAGUUAUUUAUGAAAAUUCAUCGAUCGAGCAUGUGUCUGCAAAUGGUGUGGGAAAUAAGAUGGCAAAGACUCAUCAUGAAAACGGUACUAGAAUAAAUGAUUCAAAUGCCGAUUCCAACAGGGAAUCAAACGAAGCAAUGGCUAGAGAAGAUCCAGAUUUAAACAAGUGUUCUAAUAUAAAACGUAAUGGGAAGAAAAAUUCGGAAUAUCAAAAUCUAAAUAUAAGGAAAGAUAUGCACAUUAAAAUUUCACAGUCAUCUCGCACUGUGUCAACAACAAGUGCUAAUAGCAGUGAGCCAUUACUCACAGUAAGACAUGAAAGAGACGUCGUAAAAUUAAAAUUCAGUAUUGAUGUGUGUCGUAAACCAAGGUCAAACUUACCAGAUGUUGAAAAGUUGGAAAAAGGUUCUCAAGCACACCUCAAAAUUGACAUAGGUAGGAGCUCAUUUCAAUGUAAUGAAGAUACUGACACGAUGCUGGAUGCUGUAGAAAAUGUGCAACCACAAAAUUGUACAAACAUGUGGGCUUCAAAUUAUCCUAGAAUAGUGGCAGUGCAAUGUUCCACAGGAGAUGCCAACGGUGCCCCUGCUCAUACUUGUGUUAGCAAGGAGAGCAACCAAUAUUAUGUGCUUGUGCCAGCUAUAAAUAUAAAAAAUAAUAGGUGCAGUUGUGCUGAAAAUGUAAGUCCUACUGAAGCAAAACCUGAGACUGCAGCAAGCAUAGAAUCUGAAAUGAAAACAGAAAUACUUACAGUAAAUGAAUACUCAAAAUUAGACGAAGAAAAUGACAUAAACAAUCCCAGUGUGCAACAACGUGUAGCAAAUAUAGAGAAAUGUAUAAAAGAGCUUGUUACCAGUGUAUCGAGUUCUAAAACCCUAUCAGUCAACUGUGGGGCCGUGUCCGUUACAGACACUGAAGAAAAUAAUACCCCCUGUAUGCAUCCGAUGCCGUCUACUUGUAAAAUGAGGCCCCACUCUGAGUCUUUGAAAGAGUUGUUGAAUAUUCGAAGGACAGAUAUCUACGAACCCGAUUAUAAGGACACUGAUGUUUGUCAAUCUAAACGAGAUUCCGAUGCUCUGACUAAAGCCAACCCUCGUUGCGAUGUAAAUGAUGAAGCCACGCAAACUGACUGGCGCGAUACUAUACUAGAAGCUAUACUUACUGAAGAUAACCACUACACAUUUAAUUUGCCAGAUCUAGAAACACUGAAAAGAUACAAUCUGUGAUAAUGAUAAUAUUGAUGAAGUUUAAAUUCUUUAUUGUAUCUACAAACAUUUUGUAAGCACUUUUACCGAUGUAUGAAAAAGUAACAUAAUAAAUAAUAAUGGUUGCGGA